AUGUCUCUUGCUGGCACUAGCACCCCGCCUCGCCUCCCGUCUCCUGCCCCUACUCCGAGCAAGAAGGCUGCAGCAGCCAUGAGCGCCAUGGCCCUCGCAACACCGACCAAGCCUUCCAAGAAGGCCUUAGUCUCUCUCAUCGACGACGAGCGUGGCUCACAUUCACCUGCUUCUUCCUCUGAAGCCGACGAAACCAAGGUGGACAUCGAUGUCUCAGUAUAUCGUGAACAAUGGGUAGGAGAGGUAGAUCUCCCCGAGAAGAUGGAGCCCCUUCUCAUGGAGACCAAGCGCCGCUUUGUUCUAUUCCCAAUCCAGUAUCAUGAGAUCUGGCAAAUGUACAAGAAGGCCGAGGCGUCGUUCUGGACGGUCGAAGAGAUUGACCUCUCCAAGGACCUCCACGACUGGAAUAACCGCAUGAAUGACAACGAGCGCCACUUCAUCUCACAUGUACUCGCCUUCUUCGCCGCGUCCGAUGGCAUCGUUAACGAAAACUUGGUCGAGAGGUUCUCCAACGAGGUGCAGGCGGCCGAAGCGCGCUGCUUCUACGGCUUCCAGAUCAUGAUGGAGAACAUCCACUCUGAGACAUACUCUCUGCUUAUUGACACCUAUAUCAAGGACCCCAAGCAGCGCGGCUACCUCUUCGACGCCAUUGAGACGAUCCCAUGCAUCAAGAAGAAGGCAGACUGGGCUCUGCGCUGGAUCUCGGACGAGCGAUCGGCUUUUGCUGAGCGCCUCGUUGCUUUCGCUGCCGUCGAAGGGAUCUUCUUCUCCGGCUCGUUCGCAUCGAUCUUCUGGCUGAAGAAGCGUGGUCUCAUGCCUGGCCUCACCUUCUCCAACGAGCUUAUAAGCCGUGAUGAGGGCAUGCACACAGACUUUGCGUGCCUACUCUUCAAUCACCUGAAGCGUCGCCCUCACCCGGAUGUUAUCAGGAAGAUCAUCGUGGAAGCUGUCGAGAUUGAGCAGGAGUUCCUCACAGUGGCCCUGCCAUGUGCGCUCAUCGGUAUGAACGCAGAUCUAAUGUGCCAGUACAUUGAGUUUGUCGCAGACCGUCUGCUUGCCGCGCUUGGUGAUCCUAAGGUCUACAAUGUUGCGAACCCCUUCGACUUCAUGGACAUGAUCUCGCUGCAAGGCAAGACGAAUUUCUUCGAGAAGCGCGUUUCGGAUUAUGCUAAGGCGGGCGUCAGUUCGACGUCGCAGGGUGAUGGAAAGGUAUUCUCGGUCAACGAGGACUUCUAG